AUGAUUCGAGAAUUAGUAUCUACAAAAUCUUCUUUAAUUAAUGUUCUUAAUAAAUUUGAAAAGUCUAACGCAACUAUAGAACUAGAAUUGUCAUUAGAUAUGCUCGAAGUGCUAGGCACUCAACUUUCUUCUUUGAAUAGUAUUUUAAGCUAUAUUGGAGAUUAUUAUUUAAGUAGAGAUCCUUUAAACAAUUUGCUUAGAGAAUUAGAGACUAUAAAACGUUCUUUAAAUAAUAUUUUUACUAAAUUUGAAGAGCCUGAAACUAUAACAUUGGGCACUUCGAAAACUAUAUCAACUAUAAUUGAUGCUACAACUAAUAUAUUGAAUAAUUUGUAUAGCGGACCUGGGGAUCCCAAUGAUAUUAUCAAUAGAGAUAGUCUAAUUAAUUUCAUAAGCAAUAUAACAUUUUAUCCUAAUAUAUCUGUUAAAUUUAAUGAAUCGAUAGCCAAAUAUUCCGAAUCAAUCUCUAAUGGCUUAAAAUUUGAAAACAUAGAUAAAUUAAAUACCGAAAAUCUUUUUGAAAUA